CCGCAGCGUCAUUGUCGUCAUCCUGACUUGCGGAAAGGCGACCUCUCAUGUCACUCGAAGCCCGCAACGCUAGGGCAUUGAUGGCUGACAAAUGACGACAAAGCGAAGCAAUUCCGCAUCGCUGCUGCGGCCAAUGUGCUUGUAUAAGCCGAGGCUGGGUGCCGAUGGAGGAGGAGGUCAUUGAGAGGCCUGAACUCGCAGAGCUGCGAAUGGCGAUUGCCCCUCUGGUAGCUUCCAUCGCCGUGAUUGGUGGGAGAGAAAGGUGUAUGACUAAGGCUGCCUUUCUCGUAAGAGCAGCCAAUGUUGCACAUUACGGCAAUUAUUUCACACGGCAUUACUCUGCGACACCGUUGAGGUCAGCAGCUCAUCAUCUGUUCAACUAAUUACGCUCACCUCUCCAUCUGUGUAUCCCGAAUCAGGCUGGCAACAAGGACAGCUCCCGAGGUGACUGGAUUUAUCCGCUCCUAACUUCACCAUAGGAUGAUAUACUCGUCUUGUUAUUGAUAUUGAUUGUAAGAUCUGACUAUAUUGCUUGGGGGAAGUGUCCUGUUCCAAUACAUAAUCUCAGAAUGGUAAACCACGGUCAUCAUCGAAUGGGUA